AGCUGCACAGCUGCUGAGGUAAUGUCUUGGGCGUCUGAGCGCCGCACAUCUCGACAAGAAGACAUUGCCUAUUGUCUGCUAGGCCUCUUUGCCAAUAACAUGCCGCUUCUCUAUGGCGAAGGACUUCGAGCUUUCACUCGUCUGCAGGAAAAAAUCUUUAGCCAAUACGAGGACUACAUACUUUGGCUCUACAGC